CUGCCCAGAGGCUGUGGUCCUGAAAGCUCCACUCCGGGGAACUAGCCACUCAGAGGAGGUACUGAAGAACAGCUAAAUCAGCUGCAACGGGAGCAUCAGCUUGAAGGCGUCCUGGAGGAGCAUACAGAACUCCAAGGAACGAGUAGAACAAGAAUCAGUCAGAAAAAACAGAUUCAGUGACAUAUCUAAGAGGCAGGGGCCGGCUUAACAUGGAUCGCUAAAAGUACUUCCUUCUCCUAUGAUCUGGAUGCUCAGGGAGACUUGGGUUCUCUGAGUCUCCUCCAGGACACAGAUCCAGACUUCACACCAGGGACCACCACUGACAGAGAAUCUGGAAAUGGCAAAACCUUAUGUGAAACCCAAGGAGAUGACAGAGUUGGUCAACACACCAUCCUGGAUGGACAAAGCCCUGGGCUCUCAGAAUGAGAUGAAGGAGGAAGAGAGAAGAUCAGCUCCUUAUGGGAUGCUUGGAAGCUUAGCUGAAGAGCAUGACAGUAUUGAAGAGGAAGAAGAGGAGGAAGAGGAUGGGGAGAAACCUAAGAGAAGGGGUCCCAAGAAAAAGAAGAUGACAAAAGCUCGCCUUGAGAGAUUCAGGGCUCGAAGAGUCAAGGCCAAUGCUAGAGAACGGACCCGGAUGCAUGGCCUGAAUGAUGCCCUGGACAACCUGAGGAGAGUCAUGCCAUGUUACUCUAAGACUCAAAAGCUCUCCAAGAUAGAGACUCUUAGACUGGCCAGGAACUAUAUUUGGGCUCUGUCUGAGGUCCUGGAAACUGGACAGACACCUGAAGGGAAGGGCUUUGUGGAGAUGCUCUGCAAAGGGCUCUCUCAGCCUACAAGCAACCUGGUGGCUGGAUGCCUCCAGCUGGGCCCUCAGUCUGUCCUCCUGGAGAAGCAUGAGGAGAAAUCUCCUAUUUGUGACUCUGCCAUCUCUGUCCAUAACUUCAACUAUCAGUCUCCUGGGCUCCCUAGCCCUCCUUAUGGCCAUAUGGAAACACAUCUCAUUAAUCUCAAACCCCAAGUAUUCAAGAGUUUGGGAGAAUCAUCCUUUGGGAGCCAUCCACCUGACUGCAGUACACCACCUUAUGAGGGCCCACUCACUCCACCCUUGAGCAUCAGUGGGAACUUCUCCUUGAAGCAAGAUGGCUCUCCUGACCUGGAUAAAUCCUACAGUUUCAUGCCACAUUACCCUUCUGCAAGUCUAAGCUCAGGGCAUGUUCAUUCAACUCCCUUUCAGGCUGGUACCCCUCGUUAUGAUGUUCCCAUAGAUAUGUCCUAUGAUUCCUACCCUCACCAUGGCAUUGGGGCCCAACUUAAUACAAUCUUCACUGAUUAGGGCAGUAAGACAAGCAUUUCAGAGGAUAAUGUGGAGAUGUUUCCCAUAAUUCAAGUGGGUUGAGCUGAAGAUUCAAUGACCUUAAAGGAACCCUAUAGAUAGAUAUCAAACACAGUAGUCCCAGUCCAUUUAGGCCUUCCUGCACCUGCCACCCUCAUUUAUCAUCAGCUUCUCACACUGUAUUGAUUCAUUUAGUUAGGGUCCUCAAGUGAAAUUAUUUGAUUGUUUACAAUCAUGUGGAAAUACAACAGAAGCCCUCGGCCCUAUUCUAAUGGUGCCAAAAACUCAUGAUCUAUGCCAUUUAAUUUUCCAUUUCUGGCCUCUGUUUACUGAUCAGUAAAAUCAGACAACUGAUGAUGAUUUUAAAGUCCUUCACAGUUCUGAAAAUUCAAUAAUUUUGGUGAUCACUCCUAUACACUUACUGAAACUGAAAGAAUUGAAGAAUAAUAGUAAAUGAACACUGUGUGUGGAAUGAUUAGAUGGAGUUGCCAAAGGAGCACAGAUGCAUUUCUCUCGGGGACCUGAUAGGACGUCUAUGCAUCUAUCUAAAAAUUGUCUCCAAAGGCUAAAAUCCUAACUUGGCUGUCACUGUGAAUAACAAAGCAUGUCCUUUAAGAGAUUAGCUCUACUUCUUGUUGGCUGAGGCUGAACAUCUCUUUCUUAGUAAUAUGAGAACCAUAGUAGAGAUCUCAUAGCAACUUGAUUCUUGAUUAACAUUUCAAAAGCACUUUUCUCAGUUCUAGAGAUGGGGCAAGCAAGUCACUGUAAACAGACUCCUAUGACCAAUGGAACUUAGAGAAGUCAUCUGUACCAUUUCAUAGCCUCUGUAACCAGGAGGCUCUAAAAAUUCUGAAGACGCUCAGGGGCUGCUAUUGGAAUCAGCAAACGACCCAGGUCAUAUUCAAGAGCAAUAAAAUGGCAAUUGGCUAUACUAACUUACCAUAGUUUGGUGACUCCCUCUAUCUCACAUCUGCCCAUAGGAAGACCAAAUUUUCUUUGGCAAGAUACAUUUCAUUUGGUUACACAAAACAUGGUUAAAACCACUGACCUCUGUCCACACCAAUUAUUCUUAUAUUUUCUAGAGGGAUAAGCACCAAUCAAUUUAUGACCAAACUUGAAUUUUUCCAAUUCAUAUACAAUUCCUUAUCUCCUCCUCCACUAAUUGUUACCUCUUCUUCACUUCUAAAAUAUAAUAUGUUAUUACAUAUUGUAGAUAACAUUCCAAGUGAGCAGACUUAAGGAUGCAGAAAUCAAAUCCAAGGUCGGUGAAUGCUUUUACCAAUUUAUGUCUUCAUCACAGGUUUAUCCUGAUUUGCAGGAUAUUUAUUUUUCUUCAUGGAACUCCUCUUUUGUUUAUAUCAGCAUUAAUUUUGUCACAUUUUUUUUCCAGAAAAAUGUGAUCUGAGAAAUUUCAAUGUCCUGUUCAAUCUGCCAGGACAAUUAUUUAAAACAAACUAAAAGCCUAAAUGGUUUACAUGAUAGUGGAUCACAUCCUGCUCUGCCAGAGAGGAUAAGUUUAGGAUGUAGGGUACACAAAUAGGACCAAUGAAUAAAAUUGAUAAGGCAGAUUAGUAUGUCAUUUUCUACAGCUCGGCUAUCCCCUAAACCCUGCCAAACUAUCUGUGGAUCUUGACUUUUUUUUUUUACCCUCUUAUUUAUUAUCUCCUUACAGUCUAAGUUAUUGUCUUUCCAUUUUGCUUGCAGCACUAACCCUGUUGUAUUUUGCACCCUUGGUUUGUAGACCGCCUUGAAAGUAUCCUUGCAGAGAGAUCUUAAAUCCCACCAGCUACUGAAGUGGUUCCCUUUUCCUAGCGGGAAAAGGCAAGUUAAGUGUCUACAAGGCCAGCCUAUGUGCUUUCUGAGUCUAUACUGUCACUUACCUUUGUGAGAGGCUGUGGGGGAAUCUAUCCUUGAAGCUAGUAUUUUCUGGCAUUUAAGUUUGUAGAUAAUGAAUGUUGUUGGAGUUAUUUAUUAGAUAUUAUUUAUUUAAUUUAUUUCUCCUUUCAUGCAAAUUUCUUGGGCUCCAUACAUGUGCUUGCAAACCUUCCCUAAGGCUUCCUUUGGAAAGUAGCUCAUAAUUUUUCUGGAAUUCCUGAGUUUGGGGUGAGGGGAAAAGGGGAAGUUAGUGCAGAAUUACCUGUAAUGAUUUUAUAAAAAGCAGCAAUAAUUUGAAUGGCUAUGCAAGUUAAUGUUCUUAGAUUUUUUUCCCAUCCAUUCUAAGAAGAGCGAGUUAGUUUUGGGAAGCUGUUGUUUAUGCUUUUGGGGAAUAUGGUACCCAUGAACCAGGCCUCCUUGGGAUUGUUCAGAGAGACUUUCUAAUUGAAUUAAAAUUUGGGAGUGCAGUAUGAUUGGAAAGAACCUACUCUCUUACCCAGGGUGGUCUCAUUCUUCAGGGUAUUUUAUGAAAUAAAAGAAAAACAAUUGUUCAAACUUUUUGUAAAAAAA